AUGGUCGCUCUGGUCGAUGAUCUCCAGUGGGCUAGGGAUAAAGGUGAAAGUUGUUUCCUAGUUCUGCUGGAUUUCUCAGUGGCCUUUGAUACCAUCAACCAUGACAUCCUUCUGGACCGUCUAGAGGGGCUGGGAGCUGGGGGCACUGUUAUACAGUGGUUCCGCUCCUUCCUCCUGGGCCGUGUUCAGAAAGUGGUGGUGGGGGAUGAGUGUUCAGACCCCUGGGCUCUCACUUGUGGGGUGCCUCAGGGUUCUGUCCUCUCCCCCAUGCUUUUCAACAUCUACAUGAAGCCGCUGGGAGAGAUCAUCAGGGGGUUUGGGCUGUGUGUUCAUCAGUAUGCAGUUGAGCUCUACCUCUCUUUUAAAUCAGAAGCAGAGGAAUGGAGAGUGGAAACAAGGAAACUCUGUGGCAAGAAAAAUCCUUUCAGACUCCAUUUACUUCUGCCUCCCUCCCAGGAACCUGCAGCUUGUUUAAACUUCUGA